AGACGACACGCGUGCGCGACGUCAUCGCUGCAGCCACAGCCUGUCUGCACCCACUGAGCGUGAACUUCUCCAGUCCCCAGUGCGCACAGGGCAGGAUGGGAUGCUCCACCAGCUCUCAAACUUCAGCGGUAGACACGACUCGACCCAACGCCAAAACUGAGGCGAGCAAUGGAGCCAGCACGACAGGGGCGGCCGGUGAGAAUGGAAAAGUAGCUGAGGACAGCGAGACCAUUCCAGACCAAACACCGGCUGAAGGUGGCGAUGCUGAACUUGAGAGCGAAGCCGCUGCAGCUGCUACAUCUGCAGAGAGCUCUGCUCCAAGCCCCCCAGCAGCGGAGGAGUCGCCUCCUGCAGCAGACAGCAAACCUGCAGAGGCAGCAGCAGGAGAUGUUCCAGCAGCAGGAGAUGCAGCAGCAGCAGGAGAUGCAGCAGCAGCAGGAGAUGCAGCAGCAGCAGGAGAUGCGCCAGCAGAGGCUCCACCUGCAGACGGCUCUGCUGAAGCAGCACCAAGCUCCUCAGAAGCUGCACCUCCGGAGCAAGAGGCCGCAGCGACUGAUUCUGAGCCCAAACCAGAGGAGGCACCUGCGCCCAGCGAGUGA